GAGUAUUAUCACACGCGGGCCCGCGGCUCAAUAAUCGCGCUUGCCGCUGACGGUGUUUCCGUUUCGUCGCGACACUUUAUAAUCAAAUAACCAGGCAAACCAACGUAUCAUUAUUUCGUUUUCACCUGUGUUACGUUUAAACGCGCGAUAAUAAAACAGACGUGAACGUAAAGGCUUUAUUUAUUAUUUUACCAGGCAGAAAAACGAUGGAAAAAAAGCAACAUAAAUCAGACAGACAUCCUCACCAUCAGCAGUCCCCCAGCAGCAGCAGCAGCAGCGGGGAGUCCGGGGGCAGCAGCCCGGCCCACGGGGCGCCCACAGCGGCCAACGCCUUCGCCAACGACGGCAGCUUCAUGGAGCUGUUCAAGAAGAAGAUGGAGGAGGAGAGAAGGAAGAGACAGACCGAGGAAGAGGAGGAGGAGGACAAGAAGAAGAGCUCUGCUGCUGCAGGUCAAGCGCCUCAGGACAAGAAGCCGCUUGGAGGGAGUAGCUUUGUGGGCAAGCGGAGAGGAGGCGCGAGACUGGCGCUCAAGACCGGGAUGGUGGCCAAAAAACAGAAGCUCGACUCCGAGAUGGAGACUGGGAAAGGAGACGCCUGGACUAAAUACAUGGCAGAAGUGAAAAAGUAUAAAGCGCAUCAGUGUGGAGACGAUGAUAAAACCAGACCGCUGGUCAAAUAGACUGAACUGCUUCACACUGUCUGUUCCUCUCCUUCAGCUCUUCAUUUCCAGGUCGAGUUUUUUUUCCUGUGCACCGUGUUUGAUGGGUUCUGGAUCUUUUUGAGACAUUAUAAUUUAGUCCGUGGCAUCAGAGCGAUCUCGUUCACCUUGCUGAUAUUUUGUACUCGACAUGUUUGGUUCUUGAAUGUCACCUGAUGAAGAUUGACGAUGAUGAAUUAAACUCACCGUACCACA